CGCUGAGUUCUCUUGUAACCAAUCAAAUGAGUACUUUUACUACCCAGGAACAAAAUAUAAAAGCAGCCGUGUUUUACAGAGCUUAGUAGUUUGUGUUGUGUCGCUGACUUCCUUAUAGCUUUAUCAUGUCUGGACGUGGCAAGCAGGGUGGCAAGGCUCGCGCCAAGGCCAAGACCCGCUCCUCCCGGGCCGGCCUGCAGUUCCCCGUGGGCCGCGUGCACCGCCUCCUCCGCAAGGGCAACUACGCCGAGCGGGUGGGCGCCGGCGCCCCGGUGUACCUGGCGGCCGUGCUGGAGUACCUGACGGCCGAGAUCCUGGAGCUGGCUGGCAACGCGGCCCGCGACAACAAGAAGACGCGCAUCAUCCCGCGCCACCUGCAGCUGGCCAUCCGCAACGACGAGGAGCUCAACAAGCUGCUGGGCCGCGUGACGAUCGCGCAGGGCGGCGUCCUGCCCAACAUCCAAGCGGUGCUGCUGCCCAAGAAGACCGAGAGCCACCACAAGGCCAAGGGGAAGUAACUUGACAACCAUCAGAACUUUCAGAAACUUCAGACCCAAAGGCUCUUUUCAGAGCCCCCACAGUUUCAAAGAAAGAGUUGAACAAACUGCAAUAAUGACCUCGGUCUUUUGGCGAGCUCCAGUUACUAACAGUUUGAGACUAUUGGCCAAAUCAGUAGAGCCUCCUGGAAUGUUAACUAGGUAAAUAACGAAACCUAGAAAGCCAAACGUAACUUCCCAGAACUAGUAGUUCUGAACAGGUUAUGGAGAAUGGUAUCCAGUCAGUGGAAACUGUCUGAAGGUUGUCCAUUUUAACUUAACUAUUAGCCUACAGC